AUGUCUUACCCUGGUAUUUUACACACUUAUAAAGAAGGAAAAGUCGCUUUUGAGCUCGCUCCUACGUCGUUGAGCAAGGUUGUCGUACUCAUAGGAGGACUGGGUGAUGGACUUUUGACUUUAUCGUAUAUACACAAGGUAGCCAAGGAAUUGGAGCCCUUGGGAUGGUCCCUACUUCAGAUUCAAAUGACAAGCAGUUUCAAGGGCUGGGGUUUGUCGUCCCUUAAUAAUGAUAUCGAAGAGAUUAAAGCUCUUGUGGAGUAUUUGAGGGCUCCCGCUGGUGGAUCCAGAGACAAAAUCGUUCUUUUUGGGCAUUCUACAGGAUCUCAAGAUACCAUGCACUAUCUAUUGCAUUACGGGGAAAGUGUUGACGGCGGUAUCAUGCAAGGGUCGGCCUCCGAUAGAGAAGGGUUUGCUCAGUUUGUAGACAAAGCGCAAUGGGACCAACUCAACGUCCGAGCCAAGGAAUUGGUGGAAACGGGAAAGCAAAACGACAUUUUGCCCACCGAGUAUUCAAAAGUGAUGAGCAACACCCCUAUUACUGUCUACAGAUGGUGCUCUUUGGCCCUGCCAGGAGGAGACGACGAUUAUUUCUCUUCUGAUCUUUCCGAAGAACAGCUAAAAUCCACAUUCGGUAAAAUCCGGAGACCAUUCUUGAUGGCUUACUCAGAGUUUGACCAAUUCGUUCCAGAGUCCGUGGACAAGCCAAAACUUCUACGAAAAUGGGAAUCUUGCAGUAAUCCCAUGUAUUACUCCAAGUACUCGGGCCUCAUUAAGGGUGCUGAUCAUCAAGUUGUGCAAGAAGACGCAAGAUCCUACAUGUGUGACAUGGUUAAAAAUUUCUUGAAUGAAUUUGACCUCUAA